GUGAACUCUGCAGCUGUAGCAAAGGCGAGAAAGCCGAAGUAAGAAACGGUCCCGAAGCGGUGAAGUGGUGUUUGUCGCCGGUGUCCUCCACCCUCACCACCGAACCCGGCACCCGGGGGAGCGGAGAAGCAGCACCACCCAUCCCUUCUUCCCGAGCUCAGCAGAAGCCGAAGCGCGCAAAUUGGCUCGCUUUUUGCUCUUCCUCCCUCCGCGGCUUUCCCCAGGUGCCCCUCCACCCAGCGCGUGCCCCAUCCCCGCCGCGCCAGACUUGACAGUUAGGGAGUUCCUUGCAAGGCGAGGAACGGCGAAGAGCCGGACGGUUUCAGGAGGGACUGAUUAAAACAGGAGGCGUUCGGGGGAUCGGGGCACAAUUUGCGCGCCUCCCUCUUUUCCCGCCCUUGGAACUGAGGGGGAGGAGGAUUAAGACGAUGGCAGCGCCAGGACGGCAGUCACAGUGUGGCCGGACGGUUGCCCCGCUCUUUUCAGUCACCUUGUGGCUCCUUUCCUCGGCUGCACAGAUUGGUGGCGACCCAAGUCAGGGGGCUGUUUUCCUACGUGAGUUUACCUUAAUAAGGAGAGAGAGUCUUAAUGAAGAUUUCCUUCCAGAUUUGCUGAAUAAUAACCACAAAACUGAAGAUACGAGUUCUCGAACUGCUCGAUCUGAAGAGGAUCGAGAUAGUCUCUGGGAUGCCUGGGGCUCGUGGAGUGAAUGUUCCCGUACUUGUGGUGGAGGUGCUUCAUACUCCUUGAGACGCUGCCUAAGCAGCAAGAGCUGUGAAGGACGGAAUAUUAGAUACAGAACAUGCAGCAAUGUGGAUUGCCCUCCAGAAGCAGGUGAUUUCCGUACCCAGCAGUGUUCAGCACACAACGAUGUCAAGUAUCAGGGGCAGUUUUAUGAAUGGCUUCCUGUCCCUAACGAUCCUGACAACCCAUGUUCAUUGAGGUGCCAGGCAAAAGAGACAAAUCUUAUUGUAGAACUGGCACCUAAAGUCCUGGAUGGAACCCGAUGUUACACUGAGUCACUAGACAUGUGCAUCAGCGGCUUGUGCCAGAUUGUUGGCUGUGAUCAUCAGCUGGGAAGCCCUGUGAAGGAAGAUAACUGUGGGGUCUGCGAUGGUGAUGGUUCCACCUGCCGGCUUGUUCGAGGCCAAUAUAAAUCUCAGCUCUUGGCAAAUAAAUUGGAUGACACGGUUGUUGCUAUUCCCUAUGGAAGUCGUCAUGUUCGGCUAGUGCUGAAAGGUCCUGAUCAUUUAUAUCUAGAAACCAAAACUCUGCAAGGUGUGAAGGGUGAAAACAGUCUCAGCUCCACAGGAUCCUUUAUUGUGGAUAAUUCUUCUGUUGAGUUCCAGAAAUUGGCAGACAAAGAGAUACUGAGAAUGCCUGGCCCUCUCACUGCAGAUUUCACUGUAAAGAUCCACUAUGUUGGUGCUGCCGACAGUACAGUUCAGUUUAUUUUCUAUCAACCUAUUAUCCACCGGUGGAGAGAAACUGAUUUCUUUCCUUGUUCUGCGUCCUGUGGUGGAGGUUAUCAGCUUACGUCUGCUGAAUGCUAUGAUCUGAGAAGCAGUCGAGUGGUAGCGGAUCAGUAUUGCCACUACUACCCUGAAAACAUCAAGCCAAAGCCAAAACUUCAGGAGUGCAACCUAGAUCCGUGUCCUGCAAGUGAUGGAUACAAGCAGAUCAUGCCCUAUGACCUCUACCAUCCUCUUCCUCGGUGGGAAAGCACCCCAUGGACUUCCUGCUCUUCUUCUUGUGGAGGAGGCAUUCAAAGCCGCACAGUCUCUUGCGUGGAAGAAGACAUCCAGGGACUGGUCAGCUCUGUGGAGGAGUGGAAGUGCAUGUACACUCCUAAGAUGCCCAUUGUUCAGCCUUGCAAUAUUUUUGAUUGUCCUAAGUGGCUGGCUCAGGAGUGGUCUCCGUGCACAGUGACCUGUGGCCAAGGCUUGAGGUAUCGAGUAGUUCUGUGCAUUGAUCACCGAGGGAUGCAUACUGGUGGCUGCAGUCCUAAAACAAAACCUCACAUCAAAGAAGAAUGCAUUGUCCCUACUCCAUGUUACAAGCCGAAAGAAAAACUUCCUGUUGAAGCUAAACUGCCAUGGUACAAGCAAGCUCAAGAGUUGGAAGAGGGAACAGUGGUAUCCGAAGAACCAGCGUUUAUUCCUGAGGACUGGUCGGCCUGCACUGUGACCUGUGGGGUGGGCAUCCAGGUGCGGUUGGUGAAGUGCCAGGUGCUGCUAUCCUUCUCUCAGUCUGUGGCAGAUUUGCCCAUUGAUGAAUGUGAAGGGCCCAAACCAGUGUCUGAACGAGCUUGUUAUGGUGGUCCUUGCAAUGGAGAAACUGGCGAAGAGACUGAUCUGUUCUCUAGGGGCUCACAAGAUUUUGAUGAACUUUAUGACUGGGAAUAUGAAGGUUUCACUGAAUGCUCUGAGGCUUGUGGUGGAGGUGUCCAAGAGGCUGUAGUGACUUGCCUGAAUAAACAGACCAGAGAAUUUGCAGAUGAAAAUCUGUGUGUGAGCAGUCGGCGCCCCCCACAGUUGCUGAGAUCUUGUAACCUGGAACCUUGUCCCCCAAGGUGGGAGGUGGGAAAGUGGAGCUCUUGCAGUCUCACCUGCGGUGUAGGAUUGCAAAUCCGUGAGGUCUUCUGCUCUCACCUCCUCUCAAGAGAGACUAAUGAGACAGUGACCUUGGAGGACAAACUAUGUCACAAACCCAAGCCCAUUGUGGUACAAGCCUGCAACCGUUUUGACUGUCCUCCGUCUUGGUACCUUCAAGAAUGGCAACAGUGUUCACAAACGUGUGGAGGUGGCAUUGAGAGACGGGAAGUGCUCUGCAAGCAGCGCAUGGCUGAUGGAAGUUUUCUAGAACUUCCAGAAACCUUUUGUUCCACUUCGCGGCCAGCUUCCCAGCAAGCCUGCCAAAAUAAGGAAUGUUCCCCUGCAUGGCUCCUCUCAGACUGGACACAGUGUUCUGUUAGCUGUGGAGAAGGAACCCAGACACGAAAUGCCAUUUGCAGAAAAAUGCUAAAUACUGGACUUUCUGCCAUUGUGAACUCAUCACUUUGCCCAUCUUUGCCAUUCUCAUCCUUGGUCAGACCAUGUGUGCUCGUGACUUGCGCAAGAUACCAGAGACCAGCUCACAAGCAGCCCCCUUUGAUACUGGCUCAAAAGAAAGUUUUUAUCCAGACAAGAAAGCAAAAGAAACUGCACUUUAUUGUUGGUGGGUACGCCUACCUGCUGCCCAAGACCUCUGUCAUUCUUCGAUGCCCCGUGAGACGAUUCCGGAAACCAAUGAUCACGUGGGAGAAGGAUGGCAAACGACUCAUCAGCUCUGUUCACGUUACCAUUGCGCCGUAUGGAUACAUGAAGGUCCAUCGGUUAAAGCCCUCAGAUACAGGUACAUAUACUUGCACAGCAGGACCAGCUCAAGAACAUUUUGUGAUUAAACUAAUAGGAGGUCACAACAAACGUACUGCUACCUUGUCAGCUGGGAUAAAAGGAGAAGAAUCCCCAGGGAAGGUCAGUUUGAAUGAAGCUUUGCAUGGCCAGGAGAAGCAUCAGGAUAAAAUUCUCUUCAAUGGAAGCAAAACUGAAAAACGAGGACUUGUCUCUGAUCCUAGCAACCGGUAUGAUGACAUUGUGACAAGGCUUCUGGAGUACAGAGGCUGGCCUCGUGAUAGCACAGAGCCUUGGGAAGCUCAGGACUCCACAGAGAGAAAUAUUUCUAUAGAGGAGGACCAGGGUCAGGACUACAGCCUGCCUUUCACUAUGGUCACCAGUCAGGAUCGUUUAGAUGACAUCCUAAAAAAUUUGUCUCAACAGCCUGAGGAGCUUAAGGAUGUCUAUAGCAAGCAACUUGUCUCACAGCUGGCCCAUGAAAUUUUCAAGAGCCAUUUGGAACAUCAGGAAUCUUUUUUCAAAACCCAGGGAAGGAGAGUCAGUUCUGCUUCAGUGGAAUUUCCAUUCACUAAGCACUUCUCUGAGUUCACCAGAUUAUUGAGAACAUCCUCCUCUGAAGCCCACCUGUCCACAUCUCUGGAACUCAUAAAUGGUUCACGUGGGCCACACAAAAAACCUGCCAUUCUGAAGAAGAUCUCUGCGGCACAGCAACUCUCAGCAUCCGAGGUUGUUACCCAUCUGGGACAUACUGUAGUUUUAGCCAGUGGGACAUUAAGUGUACUUCUUCACUGUGAGUCUGUUGGAAACCCAAGGCCAACCAUUACUUGGGCAAAGAAUGGAGAAGCUGUGCAGUACAAUGAGAGGAUUCUUCUUCAACCAGAUGACUCCUUGCAAAUCCUAGAGCCAGUUGAAGCUGAUGUGGGUUUCUAUACUUGCAAUGCAACUAAUGUGUUGGGAUCUGACUCUGUCUCCAUUGCCAUCACGUUAGCAGGGAAACCACUGAUAAAGACAUCAAGAACCACAGUGACCAACCAGAACUUGCUGACUAUCUCUGUUGAUAUCGGAAGUACAGUGAAAACAAUCCCAGGAGUAAAUGUGACCAUUAACUGCCAAACUGCAGGUGUGCCUGAAGCAGAACUUACCUGGUUCAGGAAUAAAAUCAAGCUGGUCCAUGACCUUCACAUUCAUGAUGGGUCACUACUGAUUCCAGACGUAUCUAUCUCAGACCAGGGGUUGUACUCCUGCAGGGCUGCAAACAUCCGUGGAGAGGUAACAGAAAGCACACAGCUACUAGUCCUUGACCCACCGCAACUCCCCCAUCAAUUUGAAGACAUGGCAGCAACUCUGUCACUCAUGGGGCCAGGCAUUCCUUCUGUGAUAACAUCUCCUUCAGGAACAAGGAAAAUAUUGAGCCAAGGAAGCUCCGUGCUCAUAGGCUGCCCAGUAGAUGGUCAUCCAACUCCUAACAUCACUUGGUUUUACGAUGGUCAUGCCUUCCGUCUGCCCCAUCAGGUGUUGGCAUCUGGUCAGAUUCUCCAGAUCCUGAAUGUCAGCAAUGAUUAUCAGGGAGAAAUCAGCUGCAGGGCUCAGAAUGAGGCAGGCUUGCUUAUACAAAAAACAUCUCUGGCCAUCCAAGAUUAUCGGUGGUCAGUGGAUAAGAUGUCACCUUGUUCAGCCUCUUGUGGUAACAAGGGUCUACAAUAUCAUCAACUGAAAUGCUUACUGGACGCAACCCAGGUCAACAUAACCCAUUGCCUGGAAAAACCCAAGCCAAAUCUGCAACCUGUGGCAUGCAAUAGAAGAGAUUGUCCUUCAAGAUGGAUGGUAACAUCAUGGUCUCAUUGUACCCAAAGCUGUGGUGGAGGUAUCCAGUCCCGGAGGGUGACUUGUCAAAAACUGACUGCUGCUGGCGUUUCUGUUCCUGUGUCCAGUGAUAUUUGUGCUCAACUUGCCAAGCAUCCAGUAGAUACCCAGAGUUGCAACAGACAGCUGUGUGUGGAGUGGGCAACUUCUGCCUGGGGACAGUGUAAUGGGCCUUGUGUUGGACCUCGUCUGGCACUCCAGCACAGGCAGGUUUUCUGCCAGACCAGGGAUGGGAUCUCUGUGCCUUCUGACCAAUGCAGUUCCCUUCCCAGGCCUUUAAGCACUCAGAACUGCUGGACAGAUGCCUGUGGUGUACACUGGAGAGUCAGUCUGUGGACUUUGUGUACUGCUACCUGUGGGAACUAUGGCUUCCAGUCUAGAAGAGUGGAAUGUGUACGUGUUCAUACCAACAAACCUGUGCAAGAUCACUUAUGCGCCUGGAGACCAAGGCCUGCUAACUGGCAGCGGUGUAACAUCACUCCAUGUGAAAAUACUGAGUGCAGAGAUACCACCAGGUAUUGUGAGAAAGUGAAGCAGUUAAAGCUCUGCCAACUUGCGCAGUUCAAGUCACGCUGCUGUGGGACGUGUGGAAAAGCGUGAAGGCAGCAGCAAAAGAAAGAAAGAGUGAAUUUAGCAGCCGGUGGCCUUGCUCUGCUCUGUUCCUGAGAAGAGCUGCUUGAGAAAAGGAAAAUUGGAAAAGCGUUGCCUCAUCUGCCAAUUGUUUAUUUAUUUUUCCUUUCUCUCCCUCUCUUUUUCUUGUUAAGAAAUCUCUUUUAACAGAGUCAUUUGUUCUUUUUAAAAAAUGACCUUGACAAGGUUUCCCUCCUAAUGAUGGGAAGCAAAUGCAUCAAGUCGCAGUUCAUUAUGAGGGUGGAGGCCAAGAGAGCGAAAGAGAGAAAGCAUAUUGGGAAUGGAACCGCCUAGAAGACAUCAUUGGGGGCCCUUGAUGGACUGAAGAAAGAUGUGGAAGCAAUUGGAUACCACAUGCCCAACCAGAUUACUAGUACGUGAAUCAGAAUGGGCUUGACAGAUAUGGAAAGCAGAGAUUAAAAAUUGACAAUUGACAAUUGCCACACUGCAAACUGGGUAAUGUUGGAACUGACCCUGGCACACUUCCAGUGAAUCCACUCACCAAAUAGGGAUUUACCAUGGUGUGCUCACCAUCACCACUUGGAAAGCUGGUAGUGUGUAGUGUUAUACUCUUGAGUUCUUGGAAUUUUGCCACAGAGGCUUACCAGCAAGAACAGCUGGCCUUUUUGGCUAGAUAUUGGCACUGGUGAUGGGGAUUUCCCAUGCCAGCACAUCUGGAGGCCACUAAGUUGGGGAAAAUGUAAUUAGAAAUAUGGGGAAGUAAGAGAGUAGUAAAAUUGUCACUAGCUAUCUCAUACUUCCCAAGUGAUUGUUUGUACAUUUGAGGAAGUGAUGGCUUAUCUUUAUCCAUAAUGAGUUUAUCAUAGCUGUAUGUCUUUGUUAUGCUACAAUUUGGGGUUUUCUGAUUUUGUUAUCCUCAGGAGAUGCAGCUUUGACUCUGAAAAUGCUACACUUAAAUAAAUUCCAUUUUUAAUAAUGUGGCUGAAAUGCAUGGGGCAACGCCACUCAGAUUUGGAAGAAAGGUGCACCAAAGAUUAGCACUGUUAUCACAUUACACUUCAUUUUGGUUCCUUGCUGUCCAGGUACAAAUCUCUUCAUCACUUA